UAAUGAGAGAUGUUCUCGUUUCUCCAUCAGUGAGAGGUGUUAACCUGAGGAAGGUAUUAUGGAGUUAGAGGAUAAAGCCUUAUGAAAGAUGUUGAGUCAGGUGGAUCCGUCUGAGUGUGUGUGUGUGUGUGUGUGUUGCUGGGCUUAUUCUUCACUUUGCCAUCAGACUCUAGACGUCGUGUUGGAUCCGUUCCUCUGCGUCUCAUGAUCUAAUCCCUCACUUCUUCUCCGUUGAGGACCAGUCUCACGGUGCUGAGCUCCAAUGCUCUCGCUGUGACCCUACAGCUGCUCAAUCUCGUCUUGUUCUCACUCCGAAAGUCCCAGUUCAGUUCCCUCGCCUCACCAUGGACAUCGGCGGCCUGACGACGGUGGUGGCCAACUCGGCGUACAUCUCGGCCCGAGGCAGUUUCGACGGCACGGCUAACCCGGCGGCCAACCGAGACAAGAAGUACCAUGCCAAACUCAAGCUGCCCCACAUCACGGUGUGCGAAGGUCUGAGAGAAACUCUGGAUCUGCAGUUUAAGAGCAUCUGCGUGGAGCAACCCAUUGGUAAGCGACUGUUUCAAGAGUUUCUGGAAACCACCAACGAGUAUAAAGGCCCUUGUCGCCUCUGGAAGGACAUCGAGACGUAUGACACCGCUGAGGAUAAAGACAGGGUUCAGAAAGCUGCCAAAAUCCUCCAGCGGUACAUGGAGCCUUCGGCCAAGCACUUCUGCCCGUUUUUACCCGAGAACGACAUCACCAAGGUGAAGGAGCGGCACGAGGAGGCGGCGGAUGACCUGUUUGUGCAGAUCCUGGCCAGCGUUUUCGACUUCCUCAAAGAGGUCCCCUUCACUUUCUAUCUAGAGACCAUGUACUUUAAGCGGUUCCUCCAGUGGAAGUGGCUGGAGAUGCAGCCGGUGGCCGAAGACUGGUUCCUGGACUUCCGUGUUCUGGGUAAGGGUGGAUUCGGAGAGGUGUCCGCCUGUCAGAUGAGGGCCACAGGGAAGCUGUACGCCUGCAAGAAGCUCAACAAGAAGAGGCUGAAGAAGAGGAAAGGCUAUGAGGGCGCUAUGGUAGAGAAACGGAUCCUGGCUCGAGUUCACAGUAGAUUCAUCGUGUCGCUGGCUUACGCCUUCCAGACCAAGACAGAGCUGUGUCUGGUGAUGACCAUCAUGAACGGAGGAGACCUGAGGUACCACAUCUAUAAUGUGGAUGAGAAUAACCCAGGGUUUUCUGAAGCCAGAGCGUGUUAUUAUGCUGCUCAGAUCAUUCAAGGACUGGAGCAUCUUCACCAGAAGAGAAUCAUCUACAGAGACCUGAAGCCAGAAAACGUUCUGCUAGAUAAUGAAGGUCACGUCCGUAUCUCUGACCUCGGGUUGGCUGUGGAGCUCGCAGAUGACCAGCUCAAAACCAAAGGCUACGCUGGAACUCCAGGGUUCAUGGCCCCGGAGCUGCUUAAGGGAGAAGAAUAUGAUUACUCAGUAGAUUACUUCACUCUCGGGGUCACGCUGUACGAGUUCAUCGCUGCCAAAGGACCCUUCAGGACUCGAGGAGAGAAGGUGGAGAAUAAAGAGGUGAAGAAGAGGAUCCUGAACGACCCGGUGACCUACCCAGAAACCUUCAGUGAGAAAGCCAAGUCCGUCUGCGAGGGUCUGCUGGCCAAAGAGGUGGACAAGAGACUGGGCUUCAAGAACGGCUCGUGUGAUGAGCUGCGCGCACAUCCCUUCUUCAGUGAAAUCAACUGGAGGAAACUCGACGCAGGGAUCCUGCCGCCUCCUUUCGUCCCGGACUCCAAGACGGUCUACGCCAAGAACCUGGACGAUGUGGGCGCGUUCUCCACGGUGAAGGGGGUCUGUCUGGAGGACGAUGACAAGACGUUCUUCGAUGAGUUUGCGUCGGGAAACAUCGCCAUCCCCUGGCAGGAGGAGAUGAUCGAGACGGGCAUCUACGGAGAGCUGAACGUGUGGGGUCCGAACGGCACGGUGCCCAACGACCUGCGCCGAGAGUCCAUCCUGGAGCAGCCGCCCAAAUCCUCCACCUGCAGCAUCUCAUAACCACAGCAGACCACAACACACACACACACUCCAGCUCCAGAUGCUUUCAGCAGCUUGACACUGGGAACCCUGCAGCACAAAACCUUAAAGUGAGAUCUAUGCAUCAUCUGAAGCUGAAUAAUCAUCUCUCCAGUGAUGUCUGGUUUGUUCGGAGGACAAUAUUUGAGAAUCUGGA